AUGCUGGGUCCCGUCCACAAUGCCGCUGGCUUACUGGGCCUGCUGGAGGAAGAUGACAUCCAUCUCCAGAGCUCUGCGUUGGAGCAGCUUGAUAUCCUAGUCGACGAGUUCUGGUCCGAGAUUGCCGAUUCCAUAUCAAAAAUUGAAUCCUUAUACGAGGACCCGAAGUUCCCACAUCGACAGCUUGCCGCGUUGGUGGCGUCUAAGGUUUACUACCAUUUAGGAGCCUUCGAGGACUCUAUGAUGUAUGCUUUGGGAGCUGGAGAUCUCUUUGAUAUCUCUGGGAAAUCGGAGUUUAUCGAUACAAUAAUAUCCAAAUGCAUCGACAAAUACAUAUCUAUCAACAACCCUCCUCCUCCUCCGAAAGAUCUGCCACCUUCCCUUCCCGAGAAGGCUGAUCCGCGGUUAACAGAAGUCGUGGAGCGCAUGUUUCAAAAAUGCUAUGACAAGGAAGACUACAAGCCUGCUCUAGGUAUUGCUAUCGAAAGUCAACGGCUGGACAUUGUUGAGCAAGGGGUUAGACUCGCUGGGGAGAGGCAACGGGGGAGCAAGGCUAAGCAGGCUGCGAAUGGCGAUGCAGUUGACAAAUCCGCAGAGCUUAUGGAAUUCGUCUUCGAACUUGCAAUGAACACUGUUCAGGAAAUUGACCUACGGGAGAAGCUACUCCGACUUUUGGUCGAUUUACACCUCGAACAGCCUUCUCCCGAUUAUUUCUCAGUUAGCAAGUGCGUCGUCCAGCUAAAUGACUAUGGUCUAGCCGCCAAACUUCUCCGUGACCUUGUUUCGAAAGGAGACAACGGAUCGCUCCUCAUCGCCUACCAGAUCGCUUUCGAUCUUGAUUCUUCCGCCACCCAGGAAUUCCUUAAACAUGUUACUAGCAACCUUCCAGACGGGGAAAUCCCGGUUGGGGAGAAGACAGAAACUCCGGAGGAUGAUGAUGAUGAUAUUGUGGAAGAGACGGCGAAGCUAUUACCUAGGACUUCAUCGGAAUUGAUAUCGAAGGCUGCCGCUGAGAUGAACGAGAAGUCUUCGAAGCACUACAAGUCUAUCCGCACCAUUCUCAAAGGAACCAAAACAAUCGAACUCAACCUAGAAUUCCUUUUCAGAAACAACCACACCGAGAUGUCUAUCCUCAACAAGAUCAGAGACUGCUUGGAGGCUAGGACCAGCUUGCUUCAUAACGCCCUUACUUUUGCUAAUGGAUUUAUGAACGCUGGAACACUCGCAGACGGUUUCCUACGCGCUAAUUUGGAUUGGUUGGGCAAGGCUGUCAACUGGUCAAAAUUCACAGCAACCGCAGCUCUUGGCGUUAUCCAUCGUGGAAAUUUAAGCCAGGGUAUGAAGCUCUUGCAGCCUUACCUACCCAACCCAUCAUCUGGUACGGGUAGCCCAUAUUCGCAGGGUGGAAGUUUGUAUGGUCUCGGCCUUAUCUACGCAAAUCACGGUGAAGAUGUUCUUCCUUACCUCCUAUCGCAGUUCAAGGAUACACAGGAUGAAAUCGUUCAGCAUGGUGGUGCUCUCGGGCUUGGCGUAGCGGGUAUGGCCACUGGUAAAACAGAAAUCUAUCAGGAAUUGAGGACUGUUCUGUGGACGGAAUCUGCAAUCUCUGGUGAAGCUGUUGGAUUAGCUAUGGGUCUCAUUAUGUUGGGCACCGCUAAUCCCCAGGCUAUCGAGGAGAUGAGGUCCUAUGCCCAUGAAACACAACGUGAGAAGGUGAAGCGAGGUCUUGCUCUUGGUAUGGCCUUGGUAUACUACAGCAAGCAGGAGCUAGCCGAUGAACUCAUCGACAACCUCCUCGCUGACAUGGAUCCCAUCCUAAGAUAUGGUGGUGUCCUAACAAUUGCUUUGGCCUACUGUGGAACCGGAUCUAACAGCGCCAUCCGAAAAGUUCUUCACGUCGCAGUUUCAGAUGUCAAUGAUGAUGUUCGAAGAGUCGCUGUUUUCAGCUUAGGCUUCAUCCUUUUCCGAAAAUACGAGUCGGUCCCAAGAAUGGUGGAACUGCUAGCGGAAUCUUACAACCCCCAUGUCCGAUAUGGCUCUGCAUUGGCUCUUGGCAUUGCUUGUGCCGGUACGGGUCUUGAUGAGGCUCUUGACCUUUUACAGCCUAUGCUCAAGGAUACGGUUGAAUUCGUCAAACAGGGUGCCUUGAUCUCGAUAGGCAUGAUCCUUGUCCAACACAACGAGGCAAUGAACCCCAAGGUCGCCGAGUUCCGAAAGACAUUUGAGAGAAUCCUGAGCGAUAAGACCGAAGAUGUGCUUUCAAAAUUCGGUGCUGCCGUCGCUUUGGGUCUCCUUGAUGCUGGUGGCAGGAACUGUACUAUUGGCCUUCAGACCGCCACUGGUAGUAUUGAUAUGGCCGCUGUUGUUGGUAUGGCGUGUUUCACACAGUACUGGUACUGGUUCCCACUUGCCCAUUUCCUCUCCUUGGGGUUCCGACCCACAGGCAUUAUUGGCUUGAAUGUGGACCUUGAAGUUCCAGAUUUCCAGAUGUGGAGUAAAACAAAGCCGUCCCAGUUUGACUAUCCACCAAAGGCGGAAGAGUCCGCAGAGAAGACGGUAGAAAAGAUUGCAACUGCGGUCCUAUCGACUACUGCGAAGGCUAGACAGCGUGCGAAGAGAACGGAGAAGGAGAGACGGGAGCGUGAGGGAUCAGUGACCGACUCUAUGAUUAUUGACCCACCACCAGAAACACCAAUCGCUACCACAGCCGGGGAAGCGAACGGAGAAGGCAAGGAAGAGGAGACUGGCAAAAAGAAGUCGACUAAAAAGUCGCAACCAAAGGAAACUGUUGGCUACAAGAUUGACAACAUGAGCAGAGUCCUCCCUGCCCAGCUCAAGCACAUUGAUUUCCUUGAAGGCAAAUACCAGCCUGUCAAGAAGGUCACUGGUGGUGUUCUGCUUCUCGUGGAUACUCAGCCGGAGGAACCAGCCAAGCUAUUGGAAUACAAGUCCGUGAAGCCGACAGUACCAUCGGGCGCCGCUGGGACAAGUACAUCUGCACAGGCGCCUAGUGAACCCGUCGGAGGUGGUGGAGCUGCUGCCGCCGCCGCUGUUCUUACGCAAGAGGACGACGAGGAAGAUGCACCCGUUCCCUCGGCCUUCGACUAUUAUUCUGACGGGGAAGGCCAGUAA